UCUGUUCAUACUUCAAGCACUAAAACAAGGUUCAUCAACAAACUUUUUGAAUUUAGUUUCAUAUACAUCACACAAUGACUACUUGUAUUAAUCGAUGAGUUAAACAUAUUCAAUUUAACCCUCAAAAAUCUCACAAAAUACACAAUAAUGACACCAAAAAAUCCAUUUUUCAUCCUUACUUAUGCUAUACUUUUACAAGUUUUACCUCUUACAAAAUCCACCUCCAAUGCAUCAGCAAAAACUGUCCUGCAAGACCAAAUAGAUGCACUUACCGCCUUCAAAAACUCGAUCACACACGACCCUCUCGGUUCAUUAUCCGACUGGAUUCCAACCAUUCACCAUUGCAACUGGACUGGUGUAUCUUGUGACACUAUUACGAACAAUGUAAUCUCGAUAUCUCUUAUCGAAACACAGCUCGAAGGCACACUCUCGAGUUUUCUUGGCAACCUGUCAGAACUUCAGGUUCUUGAUUUAACCUCUAAUUCAUUUUAUGGUCUAAUUCCUAAUGAACUUACAAAAUGUUCUAAACUUUUAGAACUUACCCUUUAUAAUAAUACUCUUUUGGGUACUAUCCCAUAUGAAAUUGGGUUACUUUAUAACUUACAAUCAUUAGAUUUGGGCAAUAAUAUGUUGAAUGGAAGUAUUCCUGACAGUAUAACAAACUGUACUUUUUUGAGUGCACUAGGGUUAAACAGCAAUGAUUUUAGUGGUGAAAUCCCAUCAAACAUAGGAAAUUUAGCUUUGCUUGAAGUUUUCUUAGGUUAUACCAAUAGAUUUGAAGGGUAUAUACCUAAAUCUAUAGGGAGACUAACCCAAAUGAGGGUUUUAGAUUUCAGUCAAAACCGGUUAUCAGGUCGGAUUCCUGCAGGAAUAGGGAAUAUGAAAAGCUUGACUACACUUCAGUUGUUCGAAAAUUCGCUUUUCGGAGAUAUCCCAUCUGAAAUAGGACUGUGCGAGAAUCUUACCAUUCUUAACAUGUAUAGCAAUCACUUUAAGGGUAGUAUUCCAAAUGAGAUAGGAAGUUUAGUGAACUUGAAAGUGUUGAUGUUGUAUAAGAACAAGUUGAGUUCCACACUUCCCGAAUCCUUGUUCAAAUGUAAAUCAUUAACCCAUUUGGAGAUUUCGAUGAACGAGUUAAAUGGAACAAUCCCUUUUGAAAUCAGAUCAUUAAUUUCCCUAGAGAAGUUGAUGUUGCAUGCUAACAAUUUCACCGGUUCUAUUCCAUCUUCUUUAACCGACCUAAAACACCUGACUUAUUUCUCAGCAAGUUUCAAUUUCCUAACGGGGGAAAUACCUUUUGAUAUCGGAAAGCUUUACAACUUGAAGAAUCUUACCUUAAACCAUAACAAAAUUACGGGCUUACUUCCUUCGAGUAUAACUAAUUGUACACAACUUCUUGCUGUUAGCCUCAGUUUUAACAAGUUAACUGGCACGCUGCCACGAGGUUUAGGGAAGUUAUCGGAUAUGACAUUUUUUUCGGUAGGAAAUAAUUCAAUGUUUGGUAGUGUUCCGGAUGAUGUCUUUAAUUGCUCAAAUCUUGAAACGCUAGAUUUAGGCGUAAACAACUUCAGUGGAACAUUGAACCCGAGUAUUGGUAGGAUGAGUAGUCUGAGGUUGUUGCAUCUACACGCAAACUCGUUUACCGGGCAAAUUCCACCUGAAAUCGGUAACCUUAGCAACUUGUUUAGCAUUCAGCUAGACAAUAACAGGUUAUCGGGUAAAGUUCCACGCGAACUUUCCAAGCUUUCGCUUCUGGAAGAUCUCGCCUUGCAUGAUAAUGCACUACAAGGCGAGAUUCCAGAAGAGAUAUUUCGGUUGAAAAAGCUUAUGAUUCUCGAGUUACAUAACAAUUUGUUAAGUGGGUUAGUUCCACAUUCUGUCUCCAAACUCGAGCUUCUUUCGACCUUAAACCUGGGGGGCAACAAAUUUCAUGGGCAUAUUCCAUCAGGUAUGGCUAAACUUUACCGUCUGACAAUGUUAGACCUCUCGGACAAUAACCUCAGUGGGCCGGUUCCAGGGAAAGUUCUUGCAGGAUUAAGGAAUUUGCAAACUUAUCUCGACUUAUCACACAAUGCUCUGUCCGAAACCAUUCCUCAAGAGAUUGGUAUGUUGGAGAUGGUCGAGUCCAUCAAUCUGUCGAAUAAUCAGUUCUCAGGACCAAUCCCAGCAACACUUAAAGGGUGCAAAAACCUGUUCAACCUUGAUUUAUCAGCAAAUCAGCUUUCGGGUUUUCUUCGAGAAGACUCAUUCGAUGAAAUAAAUACUUUAACAAGCAUAAACUUAUCAGGAAACCAUCUAAAUGGUCGAAUUCCAUCGAGUUUAGCUAAACUGAUUCAUUUGAAUUCACUUGAUCUUUCUCGUAACCAAUUUGAUGGCGAGAUCCCAGCAAAACUCGGUGAUCUUUCAAAUCUGAAUUCAUUGAAUCUAUCCUACAAUCAGCUUGAAGGUGCUAUUCCUCAAUAUGGCACACUCCCAAAUUUUCCUGAAUCAAGUUUUCGAGGAAACAAAGGGCUCUGUGGAGCCAAAUUUCUCGGUUCUUGUAGCAAAACGAGUUUCACUAGCUUCUUUCACAUGAAAGCGAUGAUGAUUCUUAUACCCUUGUUGUGUGCAUCGGUUUUAUUACUUAUUGUGCUUGUGAUCUUAUUCUAUAAGCACAAGCAGCACAAUCAGAGCAAAAGACUCGAGCAAGUCGAGACACCUGAGGUCAAUGAUGCUGGAUGUUCGACAUUAAAGAGAUUUGAUUCCACCGAGAUAGAAGUUGCUACCGAUUAUUUCAAUGAAAGUUAUGUUCUUGGUAAAAGUAACUUGAGCACUGUCUAUAAAGGAAGAUUAGAAGAUGGACAAAUCGUAGCCAUAAAGACGCUGAAUUUACUACAGUUUCCUGCAGAAUCCGACAAGUGUUUCUAUAGAGAAGCCCAAAUCUUGAGUCGGAUUAGACACAAAAACUUGGUUAAGGUCAUCGGGUAUGCUUGGGAGAGCGGAAAGUUGAAGGCAUUGAUAUUACAAUACAUGGAGAGCGGGAAUUUGGAACAUAUUAUUCAUGAAUCUUCGGCAGAUUGUGGAAGAUGGACAUUGUCGAAGAGAAUUGAACUCUGUGUCUUGGUAGCGGAAGGAUUAGCUUAUUUGCAUACAGGUUUCGACUUUCCCAUUAUACAUUGUGAUUUGAAGCCUUCGAAUAUUCUGUUAGAUCGAGACUGGGAAGCCCAUGUUAGCGAUUUUGGAAAUGCUCGAAUGAUGGGUGUUCAUCUGCCCGGUGGUCACAGCAGUACGACAGUGUCAGCGUUUACAGGCACCAUUGGUUACAUGGCACCAGAGUUCGCGUACAUGAGGAGUCUUACUACGAAAGUAGAUAUAUUCAGCUUCGGGGUGGUGAUCAUGGAGUUGUUCACAAAGAAAAGGCCAACAGGAGUUGCGAAAGAGGGACAAGUAGCCUUGACGUUGAGCCAUAUUGUCGAAAGGAGCAUAGCCGAGGACAAGGCACUUGAUGUUGUGGAUCCUGCGCUUGCUUCAACUCUUACGACAAAUGAAGAAGAGGUCGUGGUACAGAUUCUGAAACUCGCCUUGUCCUGCGCCUCUGAAGCUCCUGAAAACCGACCUGAGAUUAACUUUGUAGUGUCAUAUCUCAUGAAACUACAAAAUUUGUGUAAUGUAUCAGAGAAGUAGACUCCAUCAUAAAACUGAAAACUCAUUCCUACUUCAAGGCCCUGAAGAUAGUAACAUUCCUACAAGGAUUCCAGUUAUGUAAAUGAUUAUUGAACAUUAUGUGUGAUCAUAACCAUGGGUGCAGCAAAAACUAACAAAUAAUAUUAUGACGUUGUGUGUUUUUCAUUUUGAAGGCCCGUAUUGUUUGUAUUAAAACAUUUUACCACCUCCUUUAUCUUAAAAUAUUCGAGCAUAUUAUGUAUAA